CUCUCCUCUCUUCCUCUCCUCUCUUCCUCUCCUCUCUUCCUCUCCUCUCUUCCUCUCCUCUUCCUCCAGGGGUGGGUGUACAGGGGAUGCAGCGUUUUGCCUGUCCCCAUCACUGACAUGUCCCUGUGAGCGUGUGUGCGCGCAGCGGGGCUCGGGGCAGUGUGUCUGUCCGUGUCGUGUGUCCGUGUGUCUGUCUGUGCUCGCCCAUCACCGCCCCGUCCAUCCCAGCUGGCCGCUCCGCAGGGCGCACCCGGGUCAGGAGCCGGGCUCCAGGUACCGCUUCAGGUGGUGCCGUGUCUGUGCAGGCUGCGGGUUGGAUUUCUAGCAAGCUUUGCACCACGGAGAAAAGAGGAGCUGAUGUGAGAAAGGAGAUAUGGAUAUGUCCAUGAUGGGAAGGUGCCGCGUGCCCCAUCUCUUGGUUCUUCUCACAUUCGUGUUCAGCGGGGAGAGAACCGAGGCACAAAGAGCAGGUUGCAAGAGUGUUCACUACGACCUUGUCUUCCUCUUGGACGCCUCCUCCAGCGUUGGAAAAGAAGAUUUUGAGAAAGUUCGUCAGUGGGUGUCUAAUUUGGUGGAAACUUUUGAGAUUGGCCCAGACAAAACGCGUGUAGGUGUGGUGCGAUACGGCGAUCGUCCAACCACAGAGUUCGACCUGGGGAAGUACAAAACCCGUGAGGAAAUCAAAGAGGCUGCACGAAAGAUUCAGUAUUAUGGGGGUAACACCAACACUGGAGAUGCUCUCAGGUACAUCACCACCUACAGCUUUUCCAAGGAAGCUGGUGGGAGACUUAGUGACCGAACUGUUAAAAAGGUGGCUAUCCUUUUGACUGAUGGAAGGAGCCAGGAUUUUGUCUUGGAUCCAGCCACUGCAGCCCAUCAGGCUGGGAUUAGGAUUUUUGCUGUGGGUGUUGGAGAAGCCUUAAAAGAGGAACUUGAUGAGAUUGCUUCAGAGCCCAAGUCUGCUCAUGUGUUUCAUGUGUCUGAUUACAACGCCAUUGAUAAAAUUCGGGGGAAGCUGAGGAGGCGUCUCUGUGAGAAUGUCCUGUGUCCAAACGUCCACGUGGAAGGAGACCGGUUCAAACACACCAAUGGGGGGACUGAUGAGAUUCCAGGAUUUGAUCUGAUGGAUUCAUUCAGUGUGAAGCAGAUUUUUGGAAUGAAAGAAGAUGGGAUUCAGAGUGCUUAUGUACGGCUUGGAAGCUUUCCUGUUGUUCAGAAAACUGAGGAUGUAUUUCCACAAGGUCUGCCUGAUGAAUAUGCCUUUGUAACUACCUUCAAAUUCCGGAAAGCUUCCAGGAAGGAAGACUGGUAUAUCUGGCAGAUUAUUGACAAGUAUGGCAUACCACAGGUCUCGAUCCGGCUGGACGGAGAGAACAAAGCUGUGGAGUACAACGCUGUUGGGCUCACCAAGGACGCCGUCAGGGUGGUGUUCCGAAACGCACGAGUCACUGACCUGUUCGACCGCAACUGGCACAAAAUCGCCCUCAGCAUCCAGUCCAAGGCUGUGUCGCUGUACAUAGACUGCAAACUGGUGCAGAUGCUGCCCAUUGAAGACAGGGAGAACAUUGACAUUCAAGGAAAGACUGUGAUUGGCAAACGCUUGUACGACAGUGUCCCCAUUGAUUUUGAUCUUCAGCGGAUGGUGAUUUACUGUGAUUCCCGGCACGCCGAGCUGGAGACCUGCUGCGACAUUCCCUCUGGACCAUGCCAGGUCACGGUCCUGACAGAAGCACCUCCCCUGGAAGUGAGGCCCACUGUUGGCAGUGAGCAAGUUGGACAUCUCAAGAUUUUUAACUGCUCCUGUCCUCCUGGACAAAAGGGGGAGAGGGGUCCACUUGGCUUUGAAGGUCCCAAAGGUCAAAAGGGAGAAAGAGGCAUCCCAGGACUUCCUGGACUCCGAGGAGAAAAAGGAGAGUCAGGCAAAGCCUAUGGCAUAGGAGAAAAAGGAGAAAAGGGUGAAGAAGGCUUUCCUGGCUUUCCUGGACUGAAAGGGGAUAAAGGAGAAAAAGGAUCCCUGGGCUCACCUGGCCCCCCUGGGAGGGAUGGAGCAAAAGGAGAAGCCGGUGAACCAGGACAGCCAGGAGUAUUUGGACUGCCUGGGCCAGCAGGUCCAAAGCUGUCGAAGGUCUCACGCUUCUCUGGUUUACCAGACAUGAUCUCAGCACAGGCCUUGAGAGAAAGAGGAGAAAAGGGAACACGAGGAGACAAGGGAGACAGAGGCCUGGAUGGAUUCCCUGGAAAGCCAGGUGUGGAGGGGAAACAGGGUCCUCCUGGCAGCCCUGGUCCUCCUGGUACCAGUGGGACCAAAGGAGACAAGGGUGAACCAGGACUUCCAGGAUUGCCUGGCACUUCAGUGCAUACUGAAGGCCUAAAAGGAGAGGAAGGAAAGCCGGGGCCACGUGGACCACAAGGCCAACCUGGACUUCCUGGACCUCCAGGAGAGCCUGGACUGGAAGGCAAGCCUGGAGUCCCUGGUUUGCCAGGUCAAAGGGGUAAAAAGGGAGAACCAGGAUUCCCAGGAAUCAAUGGUCUGAUUGGCCCUCAGGGACCUCCAGGGCCCCCAGGCAUUGCUGGACCCCCGGGACCACCUGGGCCACCGGGACUGCCAGGAGAGAUUGGAGUUUCUGGUAAAACUGGACCACCUGGACCACCUGGGCUGCCUGGCAAAGAUGGACUCAGUGGGCUUCCAGGGCUUCCAGGUCAAAAGGGAGAACGAGGGGAAAAGGGUGAGGAAGGCUUUCCUGGAAAAGUUGGCCCUAAGGGUGAACCAGGGAGCCGUGGCCAACCUGGUGAGCAGGGUGAAGCAGGUUUUCCUGGUCCUAGGGGCUUACCUGGACUGAGAGGAGAAAAAGGAGACCGGGGAGAAAAAGGAAGAGACGGUCUCCCAGCAAUGAAAGGUGAAAGAGGAGAAAAGGGUGACACAGGUUCCCCUGGACCCCCAGGCUUACCUGGAACAACAGCCUUCUUCACCCCACACCCCAGGAUUCCUGGUGAACCUGGACCAAAAGGAGACAAAGGAGAUCGAGGAAUGAGUGGAGAACCUGGAUUACCUGGGGUCCCAGGUGAGCAAGGUGCACCAGGACCUGCAGGAGUACAGGGUGCAAAGGGGGAGAAAGGAGCCCGAGGAGAGGCUGGAGCCCCUGGAGAGACUGGUUUGAGUGGACCAGCAGGGCCCCCAGGUCCAAGAGGCUUGCCAGGAAAUGUGGGUGUGCCUGGAGCUCCUGGACUCCCAGGAAAGGCAGGAGAAAAGGGGGAAAGGGGUGAUCCUGGAAAAGAAGGAAAAGUGGGUUUACCUGGGCCGCCAGGUGAGCCAGGGCGUGCUGGAGAGCCAGGUUUGCCUGGGAAGGGUAAAGAUGGAGAAAGGGGGGAAAGGGGACCACCAGGCUUGCCAGGACCCUUUGGACAUAAGGGUGAGAGGGGAGCUCCUGGCCUCCCUGGACAGCCAGGGGACAGAGGAGUGCCAGGAGUCGGCCUGGCUGGACCCCCUGGCCCUGCAGGACCCCCAGGAGACAAAGGAUCCCUGGGUCCCCGUGGUGUACCUGGUAUCCCUGGACCACAGGGACCUCCUGGCCAGGAUGGUGUGCCUGGAAAUCCAGGGGAAAGAGGACCUCCUGGAAAACCUGGUUCCCCACCCUUGCUGACUCCAGAGGACAUAAAUCUCCUAGUGAAGGAUGUGUGCAGUGAGUGCCCUCCUGGCCCACCAGGACUGCCAGGCAUCCCAGGUUUCAAAGGGGAUAAAGGUCUCCGAGGACCACCAGGUAGAGAUGGCCAGGAUGGGAAAAUGGGGAUUGCUGGUCCCAGGGGUCCUCCAGGCCCACCUGGGCUCGAUGGCCCAAAGGGUGCUAAAGGAGACCGUGGUAUGACUGGGGAAGUAGGAGAAAAAGGUGAACAGGGCCACCCUGGGAUGCCUGGUUUCUCAGGGGCUCCUGGAAACCCUGGUCCACCUGGGUCAGAUGGGGCACCAGGACCAAUAGGACCAGCAGGAAACCCGGGAGACGUGGGCAAAGAUGGUCCCCCAGGUCCACAGGGCCCACCAGGGCUGCCCGGACUUCCAGGCAUUGCUGGGAAUGAUGGCAAAGAUGGCAAACCAGGAUCUCUGGGGGAGCCGGGCAAACCUGGAGAACAAGGGCUCCCAGGCCGGGAGGGUGCCAGAGGAUUGCCGGGCUUCAAAGGACAGAGAGGAGAUACAGGUCCCCCAGGUCCCCGGGGGGAGCCAGGUGUGACGGGUCCUGCUGGUCGUGAGGGGCCACCAGGGAAAGAUGGUGAUCCUGGUCCCAUAGGACCACAGGGCCCUCGAGGACCCCGAGGGCAGCCGGGCAAGAAUGGAGUGCCUGGAUCUGCAGGAGAACCUGGCCCAGCUGGUAUCCCAGGUCCCAAAGGAAAUAAAGGAGAAACAGGCAGCCCAGGACUCCCUGGCUUUAUAGGACCCCGAGGACCACCUGGAGAGCCAGGUGAGAAAGGUCCUCCUGGAAAAGAGGACACACCAGGGAAACAGGGUGCAAUUGGCUCCAGAGGAGAGAGGGGUGAGCCUGGCAUCAAAGGAGAAAAAGGCCCUCAAGGAGAAAAGGGUCCUCCAGGUGAUCCUGGGAUACCUGGUCAUAAGGGCCAUCCGGGACUGAUGGGUCCCCAUGGACCUCCAGGAGACACUGGGCAAGUUGGACCUCCCGGUCCUCCGGGACAACCAGGAUUUCCAGGACCAAGGGGAGAACCUCCAUCUCUAGAGACUUUGAGGAGACUCAUCCAAGAGGAGUUAUCCAAGCAGCUAGAUGCAAAGUUACCCUAUAUCCUGGCUCAGAUACAGCCUGCACAGGUAAAAGCAUCCCAUGGCAGACCAGGACCUCCUGGUCCCCCUGGGAAGGAAGGACUCCCAGGAAGAACUGGCCCUCCGGGAGAGCCUGGGCGGCCUGGACAGACAGGGUCUGAAGGGCCACCUGGACCAACUGGUCCCAAAGGAGAAAGAGGAGCAAAGGGUGAGAAAGGAGACACUGGCGUUGGUCAACGAGGGGAAAUGGGUCCUCCAGGAAUUCCAGGCCUCCCAGGGGAGCCUGGUUAUGCCAAAGAUGGGAUGCCAGGACCUCCUGGCCCUCAAGGUGAAGCCGGUGUGCCAGGUCUGGCAGGUCCCCAGGGACCCCCGGGAGCCAAUGGACAGUGUGACCCCUCUCAGUGCGCUUACUAUGCGAGCCUGGCUGCGCGGCCCUCCAAUGUCAAAGGGCCAUAGCGUGCAGGGAGCACCCCCAGACUUGUUUUGAAAACUUGAAUUCCUCACACCUGCCAAGAGCUCUCUAAUGUCCUCAGCUGUGUUUCUUUUGCAGGAGGCCUUCUAAAGCCAACAAAUGCUGCCGGUCGGUCAGAUUAUUUUUAUGAAUUAUAAUUAUUAUUAUUAUUAUUAUCUUUGAUGUGAUAUGUGAACUUAUUUUUAUGUUUGUUUUCUCUAACAUCAGGGCAUAUUAAAAUGUUAAAAAUAAGUGGGAUUUUUUUCCUCUUUUGAAGAGCAUAUAAUAGCAAUGCGUUGUGUGACUGUUUAUGCAAAACCAUUCCAAUGCCAAAUUUUUAAUCUGUUACCUGAUUAAUUCUUUACAAAGCUUUAUCCCUCACCUUUUCAACUGAAAUCAAAUCCUGCAGCCUGGGGCAUUAACUGUGACACACAGGCACAGGAUUGUUGGUGCUAUUUGACAUUCACUUGGAGGGGAGGAAGAUAAAGUCAUACCAAAGCUAGAAAAGGUAUCUCUAGUACAUCCAACUCCCAAUGGAGAAUUUUGAACAACUAGUGUGUGUUUUCCAGAAUAUCCCUGUUAAAUUUAAUAUUCUUCUGCUGAUAACUGAAUCAAUAUUCUUUAGGAACUACUUUUUCAUGGAGUCAUGUGGAAUUUCAUAAUAAAGGCCUGAAGGGAUGACACAGAAGAUCUAAGAUCUCCCUGUAUUUGAGAGUUUUGUUCCAAGAAAUGGAGCUUACUUACCUCUGUCAGGGAUAUGCCUUUUCAAGGUUAUCCUCUGUCAGGUCAAGGAUGCCAAAUCCCCUGUCACCACAUGCACAGCUCCCUACCACUGCUUCACCCAAAAAUCAGCCAGAGCAGCAUAGAAAGUCCCCUGGUAUUAAAAACUCAGGAAGGCAACUGUGGCCCAAAUCACCAUUUUGGUUGAUCCAUUAGGACAAUAACUUAGCAAGCUGUUUUACUUAGGGGGCUGGUGCAUAGUGCAGGCUGGUCUAGGAGGAUGUUGAUCUUUGAUGAAAGGAUCAGAGCACAGAGAUGUUCAGAAUCAUGGGGGAAAAUUGUGUUUGACGGUGAAAGCAACAAGCCAGAAACUGGCUAUUUCUCCUUAUCAGCUAAUUGCCAAAAUCAACUUUAGAAUGCAAAGACAAAGUAAAAAGGGGAUGGAGUCUGAAAAGACCUUCACAAUAGGUCAUGUGUGACCCAAACCCUCUGACCAAGCCAUGCCACUCAUUGUGAGCAGAUCUGAGAAGUGAUCAGGCCUUGGAUAUAUGCCAGCCAGCAAAGCAGCUGCAUUGUCAAACCUCUUCUGCACAAAGCAGUUUGUAGUGAGAGAUGGGAGUAAUGGACCUGACACAGGCACUAAGUGCUGAAUGUGUUUGGGAAUCUCAUCUGUUCUUUUGGAGACAGAAAAGAGGCACCCUGCCCUGCUAACACAUUCACCAUAUGGCAUGGUGCUUCCAAACUGGCCAGCCCAAGCAGAAGCCACAGCUGUAGCUAACCAGCCCAGAAUCAGACCCUGAGGCUAAAGCCCAGAGAUAAGCAUUUGCCAACCUUGAAGUCUUUUCUCACCCAGGAACAGAUAAAAUUUGUCUCUGCUUUAUUGAAAAAUUAAAUUAAAUAACAAGUAUAAAUGCCAGGGUUAAACAAAGUCUUUACUGUGUAGCUCUCAAUGGUGCUAUUUUUGCU